AUGGAUAGCGUUGUCGCAGCUACAGAGCAUGACGGGCCCUCUCGCAGAGAGCGGCCAUGGCUGUAUGCAUCGAAUCGCAGGCUACGACAUUUGAAUGGUCUAUCUGUCCGUAAUUUGGUCGUGGCACCCCCAACAAACCGAGCGCGCGGCAAGACCAUUGAUGACGACGACAUCCCGAACUCCCUGAAGUCAGCUUCGAAAAUCUUGGCGCAGAAUGAGACCCAUCACUCCUUACAUCCUUCACGAUCCUUUACUGAGCUCAAUUCACGCGCAAAUCAACAAAGCCAUGCGGGGCCAAACCCUACUACCAAGCGUGAGCCGCGCCGGCGAAGUCUCCUUCCUUGGAAUGACCCGAACCCUCGAACGAGACAGGUGAGCUUGGAGGAUAUCACGAAGAGUCGGAUGGCGGAUACAUGGGUUUCAAUGCACUGCGAUGGUAUCGAUGAGCCAAUUUAUGUCAGUGAGGUGGUCAACAAGGCUACUAACCCCAGCUUUCGUUCUUUUGACCUGAACUUUUGUGGACCGGGGGUUUCACGGAGAGACACAUUGACUCUUAAGCUCUGGGCAAAGACUGAAAAAAUGGCGGAAUAUCUGCUGCUUGUUGAAUUGCAGCUCAACUUACGAUCUCUUCAAUUCCUGGGCAAGACGAUUGAAAGCUUUCAUCAUCCCCUCCCUGCGAAUUCUAUAAUAUUCCACUUUCCAGAUGGGGUUUACACAAAUUUGACGGAUCUUCCGUCAAUCGAACCACUUGUCAGUAGAACUGGUCAGCGGGCCACUAUUGAUGGGUCUGCGCUAUCCACAUCCUCAUACGACGCAUUGAUGCGGCUAGCAAAUUUGGACGAAUGUGUCCAAGAUGCGCUGGCGACUCGCGAGAAACUAGAGGUACAGAUUGGUGAUAUUCUCAAAAAGAAUGACGAUGCUAUAGCCACUCAGAGCGAUGCGGCCAAAGCGCAAGAUCGCCUUGCCUCGAUCAAGCAGGCCGUUGCAGCUGAGCGAAAGCAACUCCGGGCUUCUGCCAAGCGCAAAGGAGAUCUCAUUGCAAGUAUUAAAUCUCGAAAAGAAGCCAUGGAGCAGGGUCGAACUGCCCAAGACAAAGCCCGCAGUCAUCUCCCAGAUGCCCAGGAAAAGCUAGUCUCUAGCGAACAGCUGCUCCAUCAGAACUCCGAAGAUAGCAAGGGUCAAAUUCGGCGCAUCGCUGAAGAUUUGAUGGUCAUCUAUCCAAUUGAACCCAUUCCAGAUAAAACACUUGCCUUUACCAUCGCGGGACUUCCACUUCCCAAUUCGGACUUCGAAGAUAUCAACCGUGACGUGGUUGCAGCGGCAUUGGGAUUUACGGCUCACGUGGUAUAUCUACUCUCAUUCUACUUGUCGGUCGUCAUUCCUUACCCGGUCAGCCCAAACCAGUCAAUCUCCUUGAUUCAAGAUCACAUAUCAGCAAAUCUUCCGCAGCGCGUAUUUCCACUUUAUCCAGUUAGCGUCCAUUACCGAUUUGAGUAUGCAGUCUUCCUCUUGAACAAGGAUAUUGAAUUUCUGCUCAAUAAGUGUGGCAUUCGUGGCCUGGACAUACGGCACACUCUGCCCAAUCUCAAAUACCUGCUCUACAUUCUGACUGCCGGUACACCGGAAAUCCCAGCUCGCAAAGCAGGUGGCAUCCGUGGCCUUCUCGGUGGGAAAAUGACUCCAAAUCUCUCUCGGCGAGCGAGCACUGAAAGUACUGCAUCUGGUGAAUUGGUUCCGGCUCGAAAAGCAUGGGAUUUGGUCGCAAAGAUGAACGGGAGCCUUGCUCUGGAUCAUGGUGCAAAGCUUCCAGCACCGACAAACCGUCCGCUGGCGUCACGCGUUGUUUAG